AUGGGCUGGUCUGUCGGUCAAGUGUGUGUGGAACGAUCCCUGGUGUUCAGAAGUAACAGCCCUUAUCCCACCGACACCGUCGCGGACCCCGGGGGACGCGGUUUGCUCUUCUGCGUGCGGCCGCACGACCCAAAGCUCAACUAUUUCAUACAGCCACAGGAGAUUAAAGAAUCUGAUUUUUCAAAGUUCUUAGAGAAGUAUGGCAGACACUCUUUCUUGGUAUCAUCGCAAGUCCAGCCAUCAUUUUCUGCCUUUUACCGGGCUGGUGAUCCAAUCCUGAUCUACUUUGAUUCAUCAUCUGUGCUGAGCACGCUCAGGCAGCCAGUGGCAAUGGGAGCCAGUGGACUUUGUGUCAAUGGAAAUCCUGCUGGCUUCCUGGAGAGUAAAAGCACCAGCUGUACUCGCUUUUUUGCCAACCUGAGCAAGAGCUGUACUUCUGACCCUGCCCUGGCUGCUGCCUCCUACUACCGGGGCUUCUCGGUGCUGAAGGUCCCAGUUAAAGACACCAUUGUGGAGUCUAUGAAGGUGAAGAUCACUGCAGUUGCACCUCCUGCAGCUCCCCACAUGACAGAGAAUACAUGUAACAAUGUUGUUUCUGAGGUGAUAUACAAGAUAGAAUUCAGUGGCACACGUGGGAUUCAGAGUGUUUCUGUCUGGUUCAAAGUGAGCAACAUCUCUGGGAACUCGGGAUCCUCUCUGCAGCAGCACUUCGCUUUUCACUUCUGGACCAAUACUCUUUCUCCUGUGUUGCCUAGAAGUGGAAACCCUGGCUAUAUCACUGGAGCACCGCUGCUGAUUGCAAACAGUGAUGGUGUGCAGCAUAUGACCAUUUUACAGAGUGAAGGUGAUGGAAGCUGCUCACAGCUCCUUAGACACACAGUACAAUUUGGAAGAAAUAUGAGGACAGGCUGCAAGCUCAGCCUAUCCCCAACACUGGAAGAAAGUAAUUGUAGUUACAUCCAGCAGAAGCUAUACGAGGCUCUUGAAGGAAUGAACAGAGCAGAAGACCUUGCAAUAACUGGCAAUGCUCGUUCAACCCAGGCAGAAGAGUGGACAGCCAUUCUGAUGCAGAACUGCAGUGUGCAGGGUGUGAACUGCACUUCCUGUUGCAUGGUUCCUGUGACUCUGGAGAUACAGAUAUUGUGGACUAGGGUGGGCAUCCUGUCCAACCCGCAAGCACAAAUACUGGGUGCACGAUACUUUUAUAAGUGUCAGCCCCUGAAGCUCCUAAGCACAGGCACAGUACCUCUGACAACUGUCAUUACCUUCACUGACAUAACAAAAUGGCCGGAACCUCCCCGAGGCCAGCCCCAAAAGCACUGGAAACUCCCAUUUGACAUCUUUUACCCGUUCAAGAUGGCACUGAAUUUGGAAAGAAGCUAUAGAACUGAUCUGGCUGGCUGUUGUUUGCUGAUUCUGUUAAUAUUUAGUAUUCUCUUAUUUUGA